AUGCCCCAUCACCUACCUACUCCGACGUCAUUAGCUCGCCCAGUCCACACCUCUCCCUCGAUAUAUGCUCAGUCAACGACGCCCAAUUCUUCCCUGGCCAACCCGGCUGAAGAGGAGGCUCAGAAAGCCCUCGAUGAAGGAACGUCAAGACUGGAGGCGGGUGACUGGGAGGCAGCAAAGGAAGCCUACGCUAGGAGCUUGACCAUUCACCCCUCUUCCACCGCUCACUUCAAUCUCGGUGUCGUCUACUUCCGCCUGGAAGACUUACCCGCCGCUAUCAAGUCCUUCGAGGCGUCCCUCGCCCUCUCCAAGGAGCAGAAUCGCCUCAAGUCUGCGGACAGCGACGCCGAGUCCUCCACCGAGGAAGCCAAAGAGUUCACCGACCUAGGUGAUGCUGACGCUCACACCAAUCUCGCCUCUUGCUAUAUCCUCUCCCAACCACCAAGGCCAGAUCUGGCCGUCAGUCACUUACAGUCGGCCGUGCAGCUCAGCCCGACGGAUGGCGAGUCAUGGUUCAACCUAGGUGCCGUGCUCGAGGCCUGUGAGAGAUUAGAGGAGAGCGCAAAGGCGUAUGAGAAGGCGCAGGAGCAAGGCGUCGAGAGGGCGACCGAGAAUUUGAGGAAUGUUGGAGGUAAGAUCUUGGCUGCGAGGCUGGGUGUGGGCAGUGGGGCUUUGCCGCAAGAGGAAGAUACAGAGGUCAAGGAUACGAAGGAGACGACGGCGGCAAAGGCCAAGUGA